GUCAUGGACCAUUUGCAUCGAGACAUCUGACGGCGGCAUUCCAAAUACACAGCAGUCGUCCCGCCAGGUCCGCUCCGACGCGUGGUCGUAUCAGAAGACCAGUCUUUUGUCAAGCAGUCAGGCCCUGGAUCAGUGAUGCCGAGGUCAAACGCCUUGGUCAACAAGACUGCCUAUCUUUUCCAUCGGACCGCCCCCGGUGGUGCUAUAUCAAGGCAGAGCACCGGCUCGUCUCAUGCCGGCACCUCCUGGUCGAUCAACGUUCAAGCACUCAGGACCCACAGGCAUCAGACCCGCCGUCUUCAACUUCACUCGACACCUAGCAACGCCCUUUAUAUUCUCAAGCAACAGCUCUCAUAUCGCCAGCAGCCAGCCUCGUCAGUUGAGCCAUCCGCAGCGAGGCACUACACAACAAGUCGAGGCCGCCCUCAAAGCCGCCCUGGUCCUCUCGGAACAGCCUUUCUUCUCUUCCCUGCGGUUGCAAUCGGCGCCGGCGUCCUCACCGGAUACAUCUCGCUCAGUCCAUUCUCAACAGCCACCAAGGCUUCAUCAUCCUCCGCCGCAGGCAUGUCGUCCAAACUGAUCCCAGCCAACCCGGCUGACGUUAUGGUCAUCCGGAAUAUCACGCCCAAUGUGGUUACAUUUUCAGUGCCCUUCAAGAGGUUCGGCACCAUCCCUGUUGGCGGCCGAGGCACGGUGGUAAAACUCACCUCUGGCGCGCUCGCCGUCUUCUCACCCGUCGCCAUGACGGACGAUGUCAAGGCCAAGCUGGCUGAGCUGGGAGGCACCGUCAAGUACAUCAUCGCGCCGGAUAUCGAGCACCACAUUUUCAUCACCGAGUGGCACCAGGCCUAUCCCGAGGCCAAGAUCAUAGGCCCCGAGGGGCUGCCCGAGAAGCGCGUGAAGCAGUCCGCGAACGACCCCAAGAUCGGCAAGGAGGAGUUUGCCGUCAUCUUCACGGCCAAGGACAAGCUCAACAUCAAGGUUGACGAGGAGUUUGACCGCGACUUCCAGUACGAGUAUGUCGACAGCCAUGCCAACAAGGAGCUGGUCUUCCUGUACAAGCCCGAGCGGGUCAUGAUCGAGGCCGAUCUCAUGUUCAACCUGCCUGCCGAUGAGCAGUACUCGAAAUGCCCCGAGAGCGAGAAGAAGGUCGGGUUCCCUGGCAAGCUGUUUGUGAACAUGCAGACGACCCAGGGCGAGGCAAAGGGCAUGAAGCGAUUCCUGUGGUAUGUCCUGAGCGCAAGGGACAGGAAUGGCUUCAACGAGAGCGUCAAGAGGAUCAACGAUUGGGACUUUGACACACUCAUCCCAUGCCAUGGAGAGACGCUGGUCGGCAACGGAAAGGAGACCUUCAGCCGGAUCUUCGAGUGGCACCUCACUGGCAAGAAAUAGGUGGGGGUUGAUGUUGGGUUGGGUUGUGUUGCCUCGGUUUUGCAGAUUAUGGAGCGAAGAAAGUUGAUACCUGUCCCGCAAUAAUACCUCUCUCUGUCUUUUGUGUUC